ACAAACAAACAUCAUUCCAAAAUUGAAUCUAACUGACACAGAAUCGAAAAAUUAAACAUUGUUAUAUAACCAGUUUCACACCCAGAGUUUCAGUAAAACUUAACAAUGGAUUGCGCAAAAUUUUUAACGAGCGUUACAAAAAGACGAAAACCGAGUAUUAUUCGUGAAUGGGCAAAAAGAUUUAUCGAAACUCCAAAUGGGAUAAGUCUGGCGAACGGAAUGCCAAAUACAAAAACGUUUCCCUUCGAAGAGAUCACCGUGACGUAUAAAAACGGCAUCAAAGGAAAAUUAACAGGAGACGAGUUGUCUUACGCCCUCCAAUAUGGUCCUUCUCAGGGGUGCAUACCAUUGGUAAAGAAGAUGCGAGAACUCCAAAUACAUUUGCACAAACCAGCAUAUAAUGACUGGGAUAUACUUUUCACAUCAGGAUCGAUGGACGGGUGCAACAAAAUUUUCGAAAUGAUUCUAGAACUUGGAGAUCCUGUAAUGGUUCAAGUACCGACUUACAAUGGAAUUCUGAACGCACUUGCACCAUUCGCGCCAGAGUUCCUUGAAAUUCCACAAGAUCAUAAUGGAAUAAUACCAGAGAUCAUAAUCAAAAUUUGCAAAGAAAGAAUACGCGAUGGUAAACCAUUACCAAAAAUUAUUUACGUGAAUCCAACGGGAGCGAAUCCAACGGGAACGGUUUUAUCUGAGUCUCGAAGAAAAAAACUUUACGAAGUAGCUGUAACAUACGACUUUUUAAUCCUGGAGGACGAUCCUUAUCGUGUUCUUCAGUUUCUCGAUAAGAAACCUACAACAUUCCUCGAAUUAGACACCGAGGGACGCGUACUGCGUUUGGACUCUUUUAGCAAAAUUCUUAGCGCUGGAAUUCGUUUAGGUGUUGUUACAGCGCACAAAGAGUUCAUUAAAAAAUUAACGAUGCACAUGGAAACGACAAAUAUCCAUGCUUCUUCGAUGUCGCAAAUGUUAUUGUUUAAAUUGUUGAACACAUGGGGUCAAGAUCAGUUGGAGCAACAUUUUAACGAAAUUCAGAGAUUUUAUCGUGAAAGACGAGAUAUCAUGCUGUCCUCGAUUGAAAAACAUCUUUCAGGGUUGGCAGAAUGGAAUGUCCCGCAGGGUGGAAUGUUCGUUUGGUUAAAGAUAAAUGAAAUUAAAGACGUAAUGGAAUUGGCAAGCAAGAAAUGUAUUUCCCAAGGGAUUUUUAUUAUUCCCGGUCAUGCGUUUAACUACGACAAGUCGAAACUAGAACAUCAUCUGAGACUUUCUUAUAGUUACGCGACACCGACAGAAAUCGAUAAGGCACUCUCAAUACUAGCAAAGUUAAUACGUGAAGAAAUAGGAAGACAGAAUCAGAAAUAA